ACGAGUUCUUGGAGUGAACAUGUGGGUCAGCGGCACUUUGUGGUUGGCGCGAACCCCGGCCCUGCUGCGGAGGAGGCUGCUACCUGCCCCCGGCUGCCGCCGGCCUGCUGCCACAGCCUACUCUGCAUCUGCCGACCCCUCCCGGGUCCGGGCGCUGGUCUAUGAGCACCACGGGCACCCAGCCAAGGUCGUCGAACUGAAGAACCUGGAGCUCCCUGCUGUGGGCGGGUCAGACGUCCACGUGAGGAUGCUGGCGGCCCCUGUCAACCCAUCUGACAUAAACAUGAUCCAAGGGAAUUAUGGCCUCCUUCCCAAACUGCCUGCAGUCGGAGGGAACGAAGGCGUCGGACAGGUGGUGGCAGUGGGCAGUAGCGUGACCGGGGUGAAGCCAGGAGACUGGGUGAUCCCAGCAGCUGCUGGUUUGGGAACCUGGCGGACCGAGGCCGUGUUCAAGGAGGAAGCACUGAUCGCAGUUCCCAGCGACAUCCCUCUUCAGAGUGCCGCCACGCUGGGCGUCAACCCCUGCACGGCCUACCGGAUGCUGGUGGACUUCGAGCAGCUGCAGCCAGGAGAUUCUGUCAUCCAGAAUGCAUCCAACAGUGGCGUGGGGCAAGCAGUCAUCCAGAUCGCCGCAGCCCUGGGCCUAAGGACCAUCAACGUGGUCCGAGACAGACCUGACAUCCAGACGCUGACCGACAAACUGAAGAGUCUGGGGGCCGAGCACGUUAUCACAGAAGAGGAACUAAGAAAACCCGAGACAAAAAACCUCUUCAAGGACUUGCCUCCGCCGCGGCUCGCUCUCAACUGCGUCGGCGGGAAAAGCUCCACUGAGCUGCUGCGGCACUUGGCGCCCGGGGGAACCAUGGUGACCUACGGGGGCAUGGCCAAGCAGCCCGUCAUAGCUUCCGUGAGCCUGCUCAUUUUUAAGGAUCUCAAACUUCGGGGCUUUUGGUUGUCCCAGUGGAAGAAGGACCACAGUCCAGCCCAGUUCAAGGAGCUGAUCCUCACUCUGUGCGAUCUCACCCACCGAGGCUUGCUCACGGCUCCCGCCUGCGCCGAGGUCCCCCUGCAGGACUACCAGGGAGCCUUGGAGACCUCGAUGCAGCCCUUCGUGUCUUCAAAACAGAUUCUCACCAUGUGCUAAUUCCCGCAAAGCCAGAGCGAAGUGGAAAGGGAAGGGGAUCAACAGGACUGGUUUGGGCCCUUAGUCUGGGCCGUCAACCUUCCACAGGCUGCUCCUCUCCUCCCUGUGACUUCCCGCCGGGAGGGCUGUGAAGCCAGCCGAGACUUUCUCCCAGGCCAGCCUCAGGGUACCUAAUAAGUCUGGGCUUCCUAAACACAAACAAGCAAAACCCAUAGAAGUCGCCCCUUCUGAGAAGGGCCAUCAUUGUCACUGUGCACCUGCCAUCUCCCAGGACUUAGAUGCCCCUCCUUGCCUAUCCUCUGUCUCUUCCCCCAGCAACGAUCGUUUACUGACAUCCUGAAAGCAGAGCCAGGGUGGGCCUGGCAGGGACCAGAGCCAGUGAGACUCAAUCCCUGCCCUCAGGCCACCCAAGCCCACAGAGGAGAAUAUUCUAAAAAGGCAGGCUGAGCCCUAGCUGGUGUGGCUGAAGUUGAUUGAGCACCAGCCAGCAAACUGAAAGGUCACUGGUUUGAUUCCCAGUCAGGGCACACGCCUGGGUCGCCGGCCAGGUCCUCAGUUGGGGGCAUG